AAAAAAAGUGUUUGAGUUGUGUUUCGGAUCCGAGCAUUGAUCAAUGAAGAUUUUAUAUAAACUUCAUUAUUAUGUUAAUUGAUUAAUUCUUUCUUUUUGAAGGUUUUGCAUUUUCACUCCACAAUCAAGACAAACUGAGGUAUGAAUAUAAUUGUGCAGCAAGAACGAGCAAAAAUGACAUAAUAUGAAAAAUACAAUUUUUAACUAAUUUUAUAUUUACUGUUACAUUAUCUAUAGUCGAACUUUUCGAUAAAGAAUUUGUUAACUUAGGAUUACCCACGAUACAAUUGAUCAUAAUUAUCAUUUACUUAUUCUUUUUCUCAACGUUGGUUAAGUAAAUGAUAAAACAAUUAUAGAACUCGGUUAUCGCUCUGCCUUCGGCACCCGCAAAUAAUUGAUCUGCUUGCCACUGACAAAUCGCAACAUUUUCCUCAACCUCGUCCAAUAAUUGUAUAUAAGUAUAUUAUCAUUUACUUAUUCAUGUUCUGAACGUUGAUUGGCUAAUUUUCCUACUAAUAACUGCAUGGUGAGAAUAAUACGUCUGCUGCAAAUAACUGCAUGGUGCAAAUAAUGGUCCGGGCAUGCGCACUUUUGAAAUCAAUUCUCAGUUGCGAAAUAUCGAUUUACGCAUGCGCAUUUAAGAUUGUUAAAAAGCACCAAAUUUCAAAAAUAAACACCAAAGUAAACAUGGCCUGUUACAUUUUCAGCUUUUGUUAUUGUCCAGAUUUGUUGAACUUCGAAAAUGAAUAAGUAAAUGUAAAACAAUUAUUGAACUCGGUUAUUGCAAAAUAUCGCGAUUUAUCAUCAGUCGCUCGCACAUCAAUUAUUUGCCUCUGCCUUCGGCAUCGGCAAAUAAUUGAUCUGCACGCCACUGGCAAAUCACGAUAUUUUGCUCAACUCGUCCAAUAAUUGUAUAAUAUUAUUUUAAUUAGGAAAUUACUGUAAUUGUCGUUACUUUAUUAUUUGUCAUUAUGUUUGCAGGAACUGAGUAUUAACGAGACAACGGGUAUUGAUAUGUCUAUCACAAAUGAAAGAGUGAUAUUUUUGGACACACAGGUAAUACUUAUAUCAAAUGAUUUCAUUACGUGGACACAUCAUUUGCGACAAUAUAGUAUAUAUACCUGACCUAUAUAUAUUUCUGUCGCCCAUGAUUUUUGUAUAUAAUACAGUACCUCUUUCCUUUACUAUUUUUCUGUAUGCAUAUAUUCUUAUACAGUUUUCGUAAUAUUUGUAAUCUAUGUUGCUGCAGUGCUUCCACAUUAAAAUUCUCAAUUUAAAAUUUAAGAUUUAAUCAUUAAUUUCCAAAAUUGUUUGUUUGUUUGUUUGUUAAACUUUAUUGAGUACAAAUUAAUUCAACAAAUAUUCAUCUAACAUACAAUUAAUUAAAGAGCUGUACUCAAACGGACAAGGCACAAACUGGACGUAAAGUCCAUUGCAUGGUGCCCCUCCUCUUCCUAACAUAAAACUUUUAAUUCACAGUAUACUGUACAGGGUGUCCCAAAAAACCCACUGAAUGAUACGUAAUCCACUGAAUGAUAAAGUAACAUUCUUACGUAUACGUAAUUGCAGUAACAACUGAAUUGCUUUGGAAUUGUAUUGUUGUGUAUUCGGAUCCCAGAAUCGCCACCGUUAACAACCGUACUGUGCGUUGAAUUAGUAUUCCCAUUUUCUUAUUUGGUAUUAACUGACUCGGCCGGUACUUUGCCUAAAACAUGCACUGCUUUCCUUUUCAAUCAAGCUGUAAGUUUUCUAAAUUACCCUGUUUCAUUUAGGUGUUAAACACUUCAGCAUCUCAAGUUUUCAUCUUAUAAAGUAUAGUAUAUGUUACAAUUUUUAGCCGAUACUAAACGCUUCUAUUUUGGACAAUGUCAUCCGCCAUGAAAGAAACAUACCUUCCGAAGUGACAUCUGCUGAAAACUAUGCUGAAUUGCAGGUGCUAAUUUACAACAUUUUUCAUUAAACGUUUUCCACCAUUAGUGUGUAUUAUUUGCAUGCCUGACAAAAUUAGGGAUUUUUUUGUGCGUAAUUCAACAAUUUACUGUACCGUAUUAUAUAUCUGGUACAGCCUACAGCUCUUUCAAUUAAGGUUGUCCCCCGAGCAAAGCGGAAAAGUCGAAUACGAGCUCGAAAGGCUGCUGGGAUUUGCUAAUAAAUGAAUGAAUUUAUUAACGAUUCCCAGCAGCCUUUCGCGCUCGUAUUCGACUUUUCCACUUUGCUCGGGGGACAACCUUAAUUGAAAGAGCUGCACAUAUAGACCGUUGUUUGAGCGGCGUACGCAGUGUAUAUCGCUCAUGUUAUAAGUGAUCUAUAUAGGCCUGUUUUCAGGAAAUUUGAAGUUGAAUUCUAACACUCAGCCUCAGGCCUAAAAAUUCCAUAAUUGAAACCGUUCAUGAAAAAACUUAAAAACUGAAUCUGCUUAUUUUUUAAGGUAGUAAUAUAACCACUCAGCACAGCAUUUUCACUGUUACUAUAUCAUUCUAUACCUUACUUGUAUUAAAAUUCGCGCAUCGCUGAGUGCGCGAAUUUUAGUACUGCGCGAAAUAUGAUCCGCGCGAAAAGCUUUGUGGUGUAACAUGAGACAUUCAUUGUUAGUUAUGCAAAUCAGUUGAGUUAUUAACUGAUUUGCAUUACUAUUUGCAUUAUGUUGUUGUAUUAGGCAAAUGAGAACCAUGUAUUUUUUAGCAGCAUUAAAAAUUUAAUACCUUGCGCGCGAAAUUUAACAGCUUAAAAACGCAUUUUGAGUUCAUGGGCGAGAAGUUCGUUAUGUGUUUUAUUAAUGGUCCAAAUAUCAAUAAAUUUGCUCAAUUUUAAUUCCUUUAAUAGCUGCUGAAACUUUCAUUUUUUGGCACCAUUGCCUUUCACGCAUACUUAAUUAAUGCAGUUACCUAAUUUGCAUAUAAUAUUGUUAUUUUACUUUUUUACAAUAACAAUAUAUACAAAUCAUGAACGGAUUUGUGAAGUUAAGAGCCGUUUCAAAAUUGUCUACUUUUUUCUGAUACACCUUGCAUGCAGUAUAUGGCUUGUGCGAUUUUGGCAAAAGUCGUACAAUUGCUGUAUCGCUGUCUUAUACGAGGUCUAUACUGUACACUUCCUUCCAUUUGGUUUCAAUAGCCAUAUUGUUGUUUUUUUAGUCUAUACAAAUUACCACAUUUCUGUUCACGGUCUGUCAUGUAGUCUUAGUGGUUCAAGAUUGGUUUUGUGAUCUCAAUAUUAUGAGGUAAUACGUACAGUACUAUUUUCGUUCCUGGGUAGAGAACUACUACUACUACAUUUGCUUUCAAUUGGCAGACAAUCGGCCUAAUGUUGGGUGUGUUAUUGGGCCGUGUCCCUUCCAUGUAUUUGCUGCAAAUUUUAUUCCCCGAAUCCUUGUGGCUCUCAUGAGUAAAGGGGCUUUUACACUGUAUGUAACAACGUAUUAAGAUUUAUACUUUCAUUAUUAUUAUUUUUUUACGAACAUGGAAGAUUUCUGAAAACAGCGGAAAUGUUGAAGCCUACGUCAGGUGCCCACACUGCUACGCACGACGGUUCGAGGUAUGUAAUUUUGUUCAUAGAGUUCAUGUUGGAUUCUAGCAGCCAACUAAUGAAUAUUUAUCAUUUAUAGUCCAGGAUCUACAAAUGAUAUAUUAUACCGAAAGUUAAAGAUCCUACUAAGUUCAGAAUAAACUUUAAAACUUACCGAAUAUUAAUAAAGCGAAUGCAAUUUUUAAUUAUACCUUAUGUAUACCUAGAGUUUUUGACGUUUUCUCUUUAAAAUAUUUGAGCAUGCAUGUAUCCUUUGGAUUAUUGAAGGUACAGUAACAUACGUCUUGAAUCAUUAAAUCUUCUGUACGAAUUUACAAACAACAGUUCACGAACGCCAUAAUGUUUGAUAGCGUGGUGUCCACGCGUGAGCAUGAGAUAUUAGAGAAGUUAAGAUACCCCGGUUCAAUCCCCGGUUUACGGGUACGAGUAUCGCCAUUUUGUUUACCAAUUUUUGCUGAUGUCAGCAAUUUUACCCGUAAUUUCUACCCGUUUCCCCGCGGUAAACCGUGGUCUACACGUAAACGACAAACGGGUACGGGUGUUUCCUGUUUACUAUUUUUGAGCCGUUUAAAUAGUACAAAUUGUUAACAUUUUACCCAAAUAAAUAAUGCACAUAUACUGGUCAAAGCUUUUAACAAUUUAUGGCGAACCUCAACAGCAAAAGUUGCCAUUCUCUUAUUGGUUUUCUCACGCCGGAGUAUUUUGGAUUUCUUAAGUUACAAGCUAUUCCCCCAUUUACGGGUACGGGUACGUGUAUAUCACCCGUACCCGUAAAUCAGAACCGGGGUAUCUUAACCUCUCUACUAUAAUAUAAUCCCACGGUAGAUCCACCGUUGGAUAUACUGUAGUAUCUCACGCUGCAUUGCGAAAUCGUGAAUUUGAGUGAAAUACCGUAAAAAUCACAUUGUCACCCGGUACAAAUGCCGUUUUUUGAUUGGACAAUUUGAAUUUGAGGUAUAAUGUUGCAAUUCAUCACGACAUCAUAUAUCUGAAAAUGUAGGCAAAUAUGAAUUUUUCAACGAAGGUAUUACACCCGUUUUCAAAAUUACGCGACCAAGGACGAAAAUGCUAGAGUUGACAUGUCAGUUUUAUGUCGUUCGGUCAAGAAGUUUAAACUUUGAGUUUUGCGGUUCCCUUGUCGAUGUAUAUGCUCUGUAUGCUUUAUAUAAACAGCCUUACAAUGAUUUUCAAGAUAUUUUAGUGAGAAUUAUUGCAAAAUUUAAGCACAAACAAAAUCAUAACAUCACCGUUAUAGUCUAGCGCGCGUGUUUUAUACUGACAGCUAAAUUCCGGGAUAAAUUGUUAUUUUUCAAACUUGAAAAGUUAUUCACGGCACAUAUUUCUGUUGUGAUGGUUUGUAUUGUGCUUUAGCUUGUAUCUCUAAGUUAUCUCACUCAUUUUUGUUCAGUUUUGGUAUUAAAUACGGUUUAAAAUGCCUUUUGACAGUUUGUUUACGUUUGCUUUUUUUAGCAGUUUUUGUGACAUAAAACUUACAUUUGAAGUAAGAGUAUUUUUCAGGGAGGUCGCGUAAUUUUGAAAACGGGUGUAAAAUUAAUUAGAAAUACAUGCAUGCAGCAACCCCUUGUCUAUAUUUUCCAAACAUAGAUUUAACAUUUAUUAACAAUUGACCAACACUGAACGCAGGCUCGCGUUGUACGUCAAAUGUUGCCGUGGCAACACGGUAAUUUAAAAAUUUUUAAUUUUUUUUUGUACAAAACGGCACAAAUAGUUGAAAGAUUUAAUAUAUAUUAUUUUGGUCGUGGGAAUGCAAUUUUCACAAAAUUUCGAGCGUUAAAAAUCAAUUGUUACUUUUAACCGCGCAGCAAUGAAUUUCCGAAAUAUGUACUGUACUAUAGGUAUGUUAUUUUGCAUUUUGUGAGCUUCGAUUUACUGCAAAAUUUAACCUGAAUGACUGAAUCGCUUCCUAAAAUGUUUGAAAUGUUCAUUUAUUUAUUUAUUUAUUUAUUUAUUAACUUUACAACCGUAUAUAAAAUAGAUUAAACCCUACAUAAUAUGGUUGAAGGUGUGGUCAACAGGAUAUGAAUAGCCCCAUGUGAAGACCAACCUUAAUGAAAACAAACUGUAACAAACAUAAAUCAAAGACGAGAACAAAUAUACAAUUUACAGAAAACAUGACGAAUUACGAACAACAGCUUAAGUUGAAAGAGCGGCACUUAGAACAGAAGGUUUUUCAAGUGCGCAUUCAUUUUUUGUUCAUUCAACUAUUAACACUGCUUUCGCCGAUAAAUUGUUUUUGCUUAAUACAAUAAUAUAAGUUCAAAUUGUUCAGUAAUUUCAGUUCGGUUCAAAUUAAUUUGCUUUCCUUAAUAUUUUAUUAUUUUUCUUAAAUUAAACAGGGUAAUUUAGAAAACGUACAGUUUCACUGAAAAGGAAAGCAGUGCGGGAUUUAGGCAAAAAAUGAAAGCAACAAAAUUCAUAAACCCUAUAUUUCUGUAAUUGUUCUCAUUUCUUCAAACAAAAAUUGCUUCAAAGCAAUUGCUUUUGAAAAUUGAAAUCUUGCUUAUCCCUCUCCUGCCAAACAGCCAUAUUGUUUAGAUCAGUGGGAGGUCAUCAUGAUCCCCCAUGACACCCAUGAUCCCCCAUGACACCCAUGAUCCAUAGUCACGCACCCGCGAUUAUUGAUGCACUUUAGACUUCACUAAUGCUUUCCUUUCCGCGGGUGUAAAUAGCUAGCCGAGCGGAAUUAGUACCCUCGCUAUGAGGGGUGGAAUGGGACAAAAAUAUAAAUUGGUGAAGACAGAUGUUUUCGGGCAAUGUCUCAUGUUUUCGGGCCGUAUGUUUUCGGUUCACAUGUUUUCGGGCAAUGUCUCAUGUCAUCGACAUCGGGCCGUAUGUUUUCGGUUCACAUGUUUUCGGCGGGCAAUGUCUCAUGCCAUCGACAUCGGGCCAUAUGUUUUCGGUUCACAUGUUUUCGGGCAAUGUCUCAUGUCAUCGACAUGGGGCCGUAUGUUUUCGGUUCACAUGUUUUCGGGCAAUGUCUCAUGUCAUCGACAUCGGGCCCGUGUGUUUUCGGUUCACAUGUUUUCGGGCAAUGUCUCAUGUCAUCGACAUCGGGCCAUAUGUUUUCGGUUCACAUGUUUUCGGACCGCAUGUUUUCGGUUCGCAUGUUUUCGGGCAAUGUCUCAUGUUUUCGGGCAAUGUCUCAUGUGAUCGGGCAAUGUAAAGGCUACAUCCGGGUUACCAUCGAUUUGGCGCUUUUUUUGUCACGUGGGUUUUAAACUUUUCUUUAACAAUAAUCAUGCAAACUGCAAAGUGUUUCACUGUUUUUAUGUACUAUUUAAAGCACGCGUAGUCGUGUUUUAUCACAUAUAAAACACGACGCGUAGCGGAGUGUUUUAUAUGUGAUUAAACACGACUACAAGUGCUUUAAAUGGCUUCAAAAACGACUCAUCUUAUAGGAGUUCAUUGGCGAAGUAAUUUUUAAAAUAAACUUUGUCUAAACCGAGAAAAUCAAAGCUAAAGUUUAUGGAGGGUCCUGAAAGGGUAAAAUGGGAACUGGGAUUGACCUAUUUUUAGACUGGGAAAAUGGGAUUUGGGUUGCUGGGACUGGGAUUUGGCCACUGGGAAUGGGAAAUGAAGUCCUCAAAAAUGGGAAUGGGAUUGAGGAAAUGUGAAUCGAUUCCCAAUUUUUUCACGUUUUAAGUAUUUUAAAAUACAAUUUUGAUCUGUUUUUGGUGUCUUUGGUCAUUAUUAUAAUGUAUCUCUUUAGUACAAGUUGUACAGUCUAAAAUGUACUUUUAUUGCCUUCAAUAUCAAAACCCUAUUUCCUUACACGUGGUCUCUUUCUGAUACCUAAAUAUAUAUUACAUCACGUGACAUGACGUGACUACAUUACAUCCCUCCUUUUCUUUAAAAUAACUCAUUAAUGUUAAUUGCUGUUUAUUGAAUAUUACCUUAUAAAGUCUACGUGUCCGCUUUACCAGUAAUUAUUUAACUAGUUUUAACAUGUCUAACUUCUAUAAAAGUCCGGUGGUCUUCGAUUUUGUCUAAGACAAUACCUUUGUUGUAGAUCUGGUAGAUCUUGUUGUUGCUCUUCAACUAUUGUUGGUUGCUGGUUUUCUACUAUGCCGUCGUCAAAAUCGUCUUCUUCAUCAUUCUGGUCUUCCUCACUUGCGUUCUUGUAAUUUGUGAGACAUUUGAAACACGAUACAUUCCGGGUUACGGUGCGCUCUGUAUUACGAGCUGUUACCAUGUUGCCUUUGAUUUCAAUCACUUUAAAUGGUUUUGGAUUGAAAGGCAUUGAUAACUUAUUGUCCUUCGGGACUUGCAUUAGCACGUAAUCACCAACUUUCAACUGACUUUCUUUCGCGUUGUUUCUUCUAUCAGCAUGGACUUUCAUUUUCUCCUUUUCCUCCUUAUCUCGAACAAUGUGGUGUUCCACAGGGCCAUCAUUGUGUUGUAGGGAUGAGAAACUAGGAAGCUUAUUUCUAAUUGAGCGAUUGAACAAAAGUUCAGCUGGACUAUGGUGUGUCGUAGAAUGAGGUGUGGAUCUGUAGUUGAGAAGAAAAAGAUCUAAUUCACUUUGCCAUCUUUUUCCUUCCGAAUGAGCAGUACGGAUUGCUUUUGUUACUGUUUUCAUGAAUCGCUCUGCCUCACCGUUGGCUUGAGGCCAAUAAGGUGUGAUUCGGCGGUGAUGGACUCCAUGUGCAGCUAGAUAUUCGGUGAACUCAACCGCAUUGAACGGGGGUCCGUUAUCGGUUAUCAAUUCUUCGGGAUAUCCAUGUCGGGCAAAGAUUCUUUGGAGUUUGGAAAUCACAACCGUGGUUGUCGUGCUUUGCAUCACUUCAACUUCUGGAUAUCUGGAAUAGGCGUCAAUCACGACCAACAAUUUCUCGCCAUUUGGGAAUGGACCACAGAAAUCUGCAUUAAGUGUGUGCCAAGGAUGUGGAGGUAACUUUGUCAUAUUCAGGGGUGGUUGACAUUUUGGUGACUGGUGUACUGCUGCUUGGCAGGGUAUACAUUCUUUAACCAUUUGCUCCACUUGCUUGUCAAUACCAGGCCACCAUACUUUACUGCGUACAAGCAUUUUAGUUUUAACUAUCCCUUGAUGUCCUUCAUGAGCGAUAGACAGGACACGACUACGGAGACUCUUUGGGAUAACGAUCUGUGAAUUUCGUAGUAUAACUCCACAUUCCGAAACUGUCAACUGUUCGUGCUGAUUACGAUAUGGGCUUAAACAACUAUCUGUUUUGUUCCAUCGAUCUUCCUUUACUGCGCUAGUUACUCUCUGCAGUUCAGGAUCAUUUAACGUUGCGAUACGAAUCUCAUCGAGCGUGAGAGAUUUAGGAACCGAGUGACUUUGGAUGAAAUUGACAUAUUUCUCCGCUAUGGUACUUGACUUGUAGUUGGUGAAUAAAGGUUGUCGAGACAACACGUCAGCUGGGUUGCUGCUACCUGGUCGAUACUUGAUAUUAAACUUGUAUUGUUGCAAUCGUAGUAACCAACGUUCUAUCCGGAGUGGCGGUUUGGACUUUGGGCUGUAAAUGACUUCCAAUGGUUUGUGGUCAGUGAUGAGGUCAAAUUGUGUUCCAACAAGGUAAAGAUGAAAACGUUCACAACCCCACACUGCAGCCAAUGCCUCUUUUUCGGUCUGCGAGUAGCGAGCUUCCACAGGCGUUAGGGAACGACUAGCAUACGCUAUGCAGCGAUCUUGCCCAUUUUCUUGUGUUUGGGCUAAUACUGCACCAAGUCCGACAGGACUUGCAUCCACUGUCAAUUUUGUAGGUCGAUUUGGAUCAUAAAAUGCCAUCGUACAGUCCGAAGCAAUAGCAUUUUUAACUUUGGUGAAAGCUUUCUCAUGCAUAGUUGACCAAGACCAUUUGCACGAUUUGGUUGUUAAUUCACGUAGAGGGGCUGUUAGAGUGGAGAAGUCCUUAAUAAAUCGUGAACAGUAAUUGGCCAGACCUAAGAAACUGCGUAGUUGACUGACAUCUGCUGGUGUUUUGAAAUUUUUAAUUGCCUCGACUUUCUUUGGAUCUGCUGACAGUCCGUCCUUUGACAGAAUGUAGCCAUAGAACCAAAGUGACGGUUGAUUAAACUUGCAUUUCUCCAGGUUUAAUGUAAGUUUCUUGACAACUAAUCGCUGUAACAGUGCUUCUAAAUUCUUGUCAUGCUGGGUUUGGGUUUUACCCCAUACAAUAAUAUCGUCUGCGAUAUUUCGUACGCCGUGUAGACCUUGGAGCGCUUGCUGUAUUGCAUUUUGGAAUACUUCUGAAGCACAUGACAGACCAAAUGGCAGGCGCUUAUACCGAAACAACCCCUUGUGUGUGCAAAAAGUGGUAAUGUUACGCGAGUUAUCUUCUAGGACUAUCUGAUGGUAUCCUGCUUUGAGGUCUAGCUUAGAAAACACGACAGCACCAGACAUUUCUUCCAUUAACUCAUCAACUGUUGGGAUUGGAUGUCUCUCCCUUAACAAUGCCUGAUUUGGUCUACGGUAAUCUCCGCAUAAUCUGAUUUCAUCUGAAUUGUGUGGUUUGGGAGCAGCUACUAUGGGUGAUACCCAUGAAGUAGGUCCUUCGGCAGGUUCAAUAAUAUCGAGACUUUGUAAUUCUUCUAGUUUAUCUGAAACUUGCUUUCGUAAAUGGAAAGGGACUCUCCGAGGGCGUUGUGCAAUAGGGGUAACUGUACGAUCAACAUGCAAUGACUGUUCAUAAUUUUGCAAACACCCUAUUCCGUCAGAGAGUUCUGGAAAUUUAUCUAAAAUUUUCUGUGUAUUAAUGUCAAUGUUUUUCAGGCUAUUUCUGUCCCUUAUUUCUCGAUUUCCGGAGUCACUUUGACUGUUCGCGUCACUUCCGUUUGAGUGGCUUCCGGUGUUGAUUUCAUUCCUACCUCUACUUCCGGUUGUUUUCAUGCUAUGAAAUUUAGAGACUUCGUUAACUUUUAUUUUUAAAAUGCCUAACUGUGCGGCUGUUUCACUACCGAGAAGUGAUCCCGCUUUGCCGUUGACAACAUAAAACGUCGAUAUUGUACGCUUUCCAUUCGAUUCAACCGCUAAACGACACUUUCCGAGCAAUGGCAAGGGCUGAACGGCAUUAUAUGCAUAUAUAUUUGUUUGUGUUGGCUCUAAUUGUACAUGUUUAUUUCUUUUCCUAAUACAAGCGAAUGCUUCACUAUCAAGAAUAUUUGUCGUCGCUCCUGAAUCGAUAGUCACAGCGAUAGGGGUCCCAUUGGUCUGUAUUUGAAUGUUAGUUAUUUUUGUUUCGUUCCCCGCAGGAACGAAACGGUACUGUAUUUGGUUUCGAGCAAUAUCACAGGAAAGUGACGUCAGAGAUCAAAGUUAUCCAAUCCUUUGCCAGUAUUCUUGCUGAAACGUCAGUUACAUUUAGAAUCGUCCAAUGAGAUGACCGCUCCUAGCAUAAGAAGUUUUUUGGAGGCGUGGCGUAUAAUCGGAAAUCUUAGUUAAUUAUAUAUCAACCUAUGAGAACAUGCUAACUUAACCUGAAGUUCAGGCCCUAAUUUUAAAUAGGGCCUGACACAAAACCUGUCUAGACCGUGGGACGCUCACAUGUUAUUUUUAGACACAACAUGCAAUAUGUAUAGGUUAUUUUGAGGCAACGAGGGGAUAUGUGAUUUAUUCACCGAGGCGCGCAGCGCCGAGGUGAAUAAACACAUAUCCCCGAGGUGCCUCAAAAUAACGUACUUAUUUUUCACACUGCGAGGUCGCGUUAAUGAGUCAGAAAAGAAAUCAUUCUCAAUGCCAUAUUGCUUUUGCGAUGUUGUUUUUUCUCAUUUUUUGUGCUGCAAAGACAUUGCAGGUGAAUAUUAGAGGGGAUUAUUAAUUGCAGGUGAAUAUUAGAGGGGAUUAUUAAUUGCAGGUGAAUAUUAGAGGGGAUUAUUAAACGGAAAUUGAUUAGAGGAGAAUAUUGAAUAUAUUCCCCGACAAGAACAAAGGAAACCGAGCAGGGUGAAAAAUAAGAUUGACAAGUGUUGUAGAUUUCGUUACACAAAAAAUUUAUAUUCUCAUGAACAUGUCCGCAGAGUGUGCAUUUUGCUUUUUAAUUAAACUUAAAAAUUCAAGGUACUUUUAUAGAAUUAAGAGUCAGUUUCUCUAUUUAACCGAACAGCAAACAAAGAUUCAAUUAGUCACUCUGUGUAGUGUGUACAGCUUGAUUACCAAGCUUUCUCAAGGUCUCAACUUGCUGGACGCGGAUAUACCAGGGAUAUACUCUAACGGGCUAACAACAGCAACAAUAAAAUUGUCAAUCGUACCACGAAGAAGGCGAUGUAGCUAAGAAAACAACGCCGGUAGGACCUGAUAUUUAAAAUAAGACUUUUGCCGGCGAAGCCAGUUGGCAGAACAUCUUGGCUGUCAACAACAAGCUUUCGAAUAGACGACUAGUUUGGCUGUUCUUUCAGCGUCGUGUGUCCAAAAUUCGUCAAAGAUUUUGAUAAAGACCUUUCAAAAUACUAUUUGUUUGAUUUAUUUUCUGCCAUAAAGCAUAAAAGAAAAGAAAUUCGAAGAAAUCGAUCAUGGAUUUGUUACGUGCGUUUGACCUUUAUAUUAUUAUUGUCCCCCUUGAGCCCUUGACCGAGCUAUUUUUAAAACUGUUGUUUAUGUGAACUUGCAACCAAUCAAAAUCUUAGGGCCUGAACUUCAGGUUAAAUCUACAGGCACGAUGAUUUAUAUUUGAAGUAUUCAAGCGCCAACAGCGGUAUAUAUUUAUUAUAUAGUUUUCUUUGUUUUUCUUCAUUUUAAAUACUACUACUAUAUUUCUGGACCGCUCGGCCCCUCCAGGUAAUGAAAAUUUAUACUAAUACGUGCAAAAAAUUACCAGAACCCGCCCGCCUCACAAAAUGAACCAAUUUCAUUGCCCGACAUAUACAAGUGAUCUAUGGUCACAACCGCUAAUUACAGACGUCUGGUAUAAUAUUUCUAUAAUUAUAUUGGAACGAAACAUUAUUUCUUUUUUUAAAGAAAUAUUUUCUUGUUGAUGAUGAAACAGCAAAAGUAUACUCAUCGUCGGACGAAUUAGGAGGGCUUUGAUUUUGGGUUUGUUGUUGUUGUGCAACUCUAACAGACUCUCUCGAAUCUUUCUUACUAUCUUUCGGGGGAUUUUUUCGACUUCGACAAACUCUAGCGAAAUGAUUGAGCUUUCCACAAGCUCUACAGGUUUUGCCCUUCGCAGGACAGACAUCUUUAUGCCCUUGUUUAAAUUCAUUUCCACAAUUUCGGCAUUGAUUUUGUUUGUGUGGUUUUGGUACAUAUUUAGCAUGUCUUACCUUGUCUUUAGCUUCGUCAUUUCCCUCGUCUUUUACACGAUUAACAUUGUUCCGAGAGUUAUUGUGUCCCGAGAUAUUCGACGCUUGUUUUUCUGCUAAUUCCUUCGCUCGCGCCAUGGUAUAAUAAGCUUAGCCAAUGUCAGAUCUGUCUCGCGUAAAAGCUUCGUACGAAAUCCAUGAGACGAGCAUGUCAUAACAAACUGAUCGCGUAUUUCAUUCUCGGCGCUUUCGAAUUCACACGUUUCGGCUAGUGUACGUAGACGAGUUAUGUAGCUAUCUACCGAUUCUCCAGGCGUUGGAUGUGUCUGUUUAAACACAUAGCGUUCAUAUAUUACGUUCUUUUGUGGCUGAAAAUAUUCGUCGAGCUUCUCUAGAGCUGUUUUGAAAUCUGUCCCGGUGUCUUGUAGUGUUUUGAAUAUUUUAUGAACCGACGGGCCAGCUACAUACAAUAACACUGCGCGUUUCUGUGCAUCAUCCUUGAUGUUGGCAGCUACUGUAUACAUAUUAAAACGUUCUCGCCAUUCUUUCCAGCGUUGGGCUAGCGAGGAAUUAUCACCGGCCUCUGCAUCAAACGGAGGUGGUGGUUUUAAAUCCAAAGUUGUGGCCAUCGAGAUUUCUUCUGUGUUCACUUCUUCUUCGUUUGGGUUCAGCAUUAAAAUACACUCGUCGCCAAAUAUAAUGUAUCUCUUUAGUACAAGUUGUACAGUCUAAAAUGUACUUUUAUUGCCUUCAAUAUCAAAACCCUAUUUCCUUACACGUGGUCUCUUUCUGAUACCUAAAUAUAUAUUACAUCACGUGACAUGACGUGACUACAUUACAAUGAUUUUUGUUGUUAACUAUAUUAUUCACAGCACUAACUGCGAACAGGCAUCCUCUGGCGCCCGGAAUUCUUGGUUUUAUGAUUAUGCGUGUCUCAGAAUGCUGCAAAUGCCAUUUCCGGGAUUCAAAUUUAAAAAUUUUCCGUGCCUUCAGCACGACCCUCCCCCCGGUGGCUUAAAAAGUCUCAAAACUGUUUAUUCUACCGAUAAAUAAAGGGUUUUUUAUUGACUGUGAUUUCAAUAACUCGGACUGGGAUUUCUAAUAAAAAUUCAACUGGGACUGCGAUUUUGCCAAAAUUUCAGGUGGGAUAUGGGAUUGGGACCCCCCGGACCCUCUUUAUGUAAAUUAACGUGAUUUUGUUAUCACAUAUAAAACCACGACACGCUUAUGAUUUUUCUUUGUGUUUUCCUCCUGAAUUAUUAAUGAGUUUUUGAAGGUUGAUUUAUAGUGCUUUCCAGUUCAAGGGGUUUUAUUUUUUUCAAGGGCCAAAUUUAAAUAUGGCUAAAGUAUUAUAGUUCUGUUUUAAGUACAUGGAGAUUCAUAACGUCGAACAAGUGCGUAUACAAUGUAAUUUAAUGUGUUCUACUUCCACAAUAAAAAUACAGUAUUGUAAACAAUCUAUUAAACAGGAUUCGUUUUGUAUAUUGUGGAACUAAAACAAAUUAAAUUACAUUGUAUACGUACUUGUUCGACGUUAUGAAUCUCAUGUACUUAAAACAGAACUAUAAUACUUUAGCCAUAUUUAAAUUUGGCCCUUGAAAAAAAUAAAACCCCUUGAACUGGAAAGCACUAUAAAUCAACCAUAAAAACAGUGAAACACUUUGCAGUUUGCAUGAUUAUUGUUAAAGAAAAGUUUAAAACCCACGUGACAAAAAAAGCGCCAAAUUGAUGGAACCCAGAUGUAGCAUUUACCAUUGCCCGAUCACAUGAGACAUUGCCCGAAAACAUGAGAUAUUGCCCGAAAACAUGCGAACCGAAAACAUGCGGCUCGAAAACAUACGGCCCGAUGUCGAUGACAUGAGACAUUGCCCGAAAACAUGUGAACCGAAAACAUACGGGCCCGAUGUCGAUGGCAUGAGACAUUGCCCGAAAACAUGUGAACCGAAAACAUACGGCCCGAUGUCGAUGACAUGAGACAUUGCCCGAAAACAUGUGAACCGAAAACAUACGGCCCGAAAACAUGAGACAUUGCCCGAAAACAUCUAUCUUCACCAAUUUAUAUUUUUGUCCCAUUCCACCCCUCAUACCUCGCCCCUGGCUGACCGCUGACGCUCGGAACGGGCUUUGCGCUGUUGGCUUUGGGAUAAAUAUUAGUAUUACAUUUCUCCUUCAGUGCCCCAAAAAUCACAACUACCAAAAAUCAUAUUUCGGAUUGUUGGCACUUUAUGAAGAAGUACUAUAUGCUUCGUUUUCUAGUGAACGUGGGGGACGGGUUCAUGAUAAUUUUGGGAGUGGAGUGAAAUAUGUAUAUUUUCCCUAGCCUUUUAAGUGAGGUGCUAUCUAUUGUUUUUGCAUUAUCCUCUUUAAUUUCAGUAACCUAUUACCUGAGGAAUUCGAUGAAUACUAUCCAAAUAUAGGUAAGUGAAUAUUUAAAGUAAUUUAACUUCAAAUACCUUCCGUGACCGCCCUGUGUCAUUUCAAGUGCUUUGUGUUUGUUAUAAAAAUCGGAAAAUAAAAACCAGAGAAUUAUUAUUACGAAAGUACGUUUUCUAAUAUUUACUUCACAGAAUUUGUUUUAAAAAACGUCAAAAUAAUUUUAAAAAUUACAAGGAAGCAUAAAUCAGAUAUGGUACUUUUAAAUACAAUAUGCAUGCGUGUCACAUGCAGUUAUAUUCGAGAAAACGUCCGUAAGGUUAGUAAGUUAUAAAAUACUCUGUUUUUUUCAAAAGUAAUAAUUGACACAUGCAAUUAUCCUAAAUUUUGGAUCGAUAUAUUGUAUUUUUAAAGCCCCGUACUGACGAGCAGUUUUCGAAUUCCUCGACAAGUUUUCUUUCUCGUGUGUACCGUCAACAAGUUUCCCUUGACAAAGCUUGUUGCCCGUGUGCACAGAAUGUUGUCAAUCAUUUAUCUCAAGUCAAGACGACCUUUUGUUUGACAGGGUUCGUGCUACUCCUUACAGUCCUUAAAUACUACUUGAAUACGUUUUGACUUUUCAACCAUAGUAUUAACUUUUGUUAGUUCCCAUAGGUCUUUCGUGGUGCAAAAACCGGCAUUAGAAACAAAUCGUUGAUACAAAUUCGUCAAUAUUACACCAAGUAUUUCGUUUGGAAGCUACACUGGCCAAUUAUCCGUGGGCUCGAUUUGGGUUCGAUUUUCCCUCCAAUAUCUAUGUUUUCAUUUUCCUUGAAAAAAAAUCUCAAACACUCCUUGAAAAGUGCUGUUUUACUACUCAAAACCCUAUAUAUUCUGAAAUAUUUCUUGUACAUUUGUCAAGUUUUUCUUGAUCGUAUACGCACGAACAAAUUUUCCUUGUCGAAAAGCUGGCACGGAACAAGACUCCUAAUUGGCAAGGAAAAAUUGUCUUUUUUGUCAAUUUUCCGUCUACAAGAAUUAAGAACAACGAAUUUUAUUUUCCUGAACAAAUCCGCUCUCUUUCUUUAGUUUUUGUUUACAACAAGUGCUGUAGAGAGGAUUUUGAAGCACGCAAUGUCCAGAAUAUGCUACUUGCCACAGAUGUAAUUUUUCAGACUUCCAGACUUAGAACAAAAAGUAAG